CAUUCUCACCCCUCACCCCCCUUCCCACUACCUCACCAGAUCAGACAGGGGCUGUAUACGUCAAGUUUUUGCAUUAGACUGGAGCCUUAGCAGCCAGUAACUCUGGCCAUCUUCUCCAAUUCAUCAGCACCCACUACUAGUAGUUACAGCUGUAAUGUAUGAGAAAAAUCAUGAUCCAAUAACCACAGCUUGGAAGCUGGCAUCUCUUAAGCUUGGACCCCCAGGGGUGGUGGUAAUAAGGUGUCCUGGGGAGUAGGGCAGGGGCCCUUGAGCAGAGCUGUUGACAGAGCCAACUCCGCAGGUGGGUCUCUAAGGAUAAAUAAGACGAUGGUUGUGGCAGAUUCCAACACAAAAUGGGCAAGGGGUAAAUGUUGCCUGGCAGGUUGCAGUAGUAGUGAUUUUUGAGAAACAGAAUGCUAUUUGGGGACUUCUGAUCAGGAGUUAGAGAGGGCAGAGCUCUCAUGGGCCUUCCUGACCUCUGAAGUCAGGCUGGGAACCUAAAGGCAACUUCCUUCCCCGUUGGGGGGGCACAGAUUGCAGACAGGGAACAUACCCACAUUCAGAACCUCAGGUAAGGUUCCUGGCUCUGCCACCUGAUCCUCAGGGAUUUGCCUUUCAGAUCCUCAGUUUUCUUGUUUGUACUAUGAGGAGGUCAAAUUAAUCUAGUAGUCCUCAAAAUACCAUGUAGGCAUUCUGUAUGGAUUUAAAACGGAAAAUGGUGCUGCUCCCAGAAACCCCCGGCCCUUUGGGGGCUUCCAGAACCUGGUUUAAAAUCACUGGAAUUACAGUCUCCUAGGACCACUCCUCUAGCCCUGGAAUUUGGAAGCUCCACAUACUUAUUUUGAUCUCAAGUGCCUGGUCUCCUGUAGAUUUAAACUGUGACCUCCAUCCAAGGCCAACUAUGUGACAUGGGACAAGUGCCUCACCUCUCUGAACUUUACUUAGAGGUUGUAGUGAGACUUCUCCAAGCUGGGGAUGUCCUAGGUGACUGGGAAACACAUGUCAGGGGUUUUGGUAUUUCUGAUGAGAGGAUGUCUGGGACCACACAUCUGAAGAAAGGCCUGAGGAAGGGACAGUGGGCAGCCAAGGUCACAGGCAGGACCGAAAACCUUUCUCUUCCAUGUGCUCAGGUUCUGGUCUAGGGGGUACCAGGCCUCUGCCCCCAUGGCCAGCAGAGACAGAGGCUUCCAUCAUCUAACUCAUUCAGAGAAAAUCAUCAAACCCAGGGAUAGGGGUCCAUAGUAGCCCUGACAGGAGAACUGGCCUAGCCAAGAGCUCAACCACAUCCUGCUAGGUAUCACCUAACAGGGCAGUGUGGUGAAGCAGUAGCUAACAGCAGCUGGCUCUAAAUCAGAAAGACUGAGCUCAGAUCCUUUUUUGUGACCUUAGGCUAGUCACUUCUUUGAGCCCCACUUUUCUCCUCUUUAAAAUGGAAGUGAUAAGCCUGGUGACGAGUUGGUGAGCUAAUAUAAUUAAAGCACUUAAUGCAAGGUCAGUUCAUUAAUUAAAGCACUUAUUUCAAGGUCAGUUCAUGGCUAGUCCUCAGUCAGGAAUAAUGCUCUGAAGAUUGUGAAGUCUUUUGAUGAGCAGCUCCCCAUCCUCUGAGAACCACCUGACCUGAACUGUAGGGUUCAUGUGGGGAGCAUUGUUUAAUCCCUUCCUAUAGCCCCUCUGGCUUGAACAUGUCAGGACAAAAACCCUCACACCCUUGAUCCCAACUGGGGUGUGAACAAUGCUUCUGAAGAGCAGCUGUCUCUAGAGGGUCAGAGAAUGUGGCCCUGGCAACCAAGCAUGUCCCUUUUAGGCAGCUGCACCAGGCCUAUGGGGAAUGGUCAUCUGUGCUCCAGAUGGGGCUCUCCUGCCACCUAUGUCCUGGUGCCAAGAGCCUGAACCAGACCUGGCCUGCCACCCAGAAGGGGCUUUCUCUUCUUUCACCCAACUGGACUUGAACACCACCAGAAGCACCUCCUGACUGCCUCAAUUUCAAGGUUCCCAAGGGUCUCCUGCCUUUUCAAGGAAGAGGCUCUUAUAGACAGGCUUUCUGGGAGCAGGGGGAGAGGGGCUAGAGCCUCAGAAGGAGCAAGAAGGUCUGAGGGCAGCUGCUCUAGCAGUCACAAAUUGUGUGCCACAGGCCAUGGUAGGUGACAAGCAUGGACCUGCACAAUAUUUUUUAAAACUUUGAAUUAACUAACUCCAUUUUAAAAUUCAGAGGUUUGUUUAUUUUUGUAAGUCCAAAAUUCUGGCUUUUUGCACACAUUUGGUAGCUCUAACAAUGCUGGACCCACAUCUCUACAUGGCAGCUUUGGGCCAGAAGGGGUUAGAUGCCUGGUCUCCUGUAGACAUUUAAACUGUGACCUCCAUCCAAAGCCAGUCCACUUAGCUUACAGCUGGGGAAACUAAGGCUCAAAAAGGAUCAGACUCUGUGUCAGGUAGUCAGACACACAGCCCACCAUGGCCAGUGUUGAGUUUAGAACCUUGCAGUGUGGCCUCACAAAGCAGAGCUUUUGUAACACUGCCACUCAUCUAUAAAACAUCAGUGAUAAAUAUCUCCCCUACUAGGCCUGUAUCUGGAGUAAAGUAGCACCUGGCCCAGGACUCACUCAGUAAUGAUGCUUUUAAAUCUGUACAUAUGAUAUGCCUUGCCUGGAAAAUGUUGCUGGAAGCACUGCUUACUUUCUCUUUCUGUCACCUUUCAGAAAUGGUUAUUUUUCAAACAACUUCUGAUGCUCAGCGGUUAGGAUUUGUUCGCCAGAGCUGACCAGCAGACCCUGAGUGACAGAUGAAUGAUUACUCUGACACAGGUUCAUCAUGCCUAGUAGCGUAUAAGAAGACCCCACCACCGGUCCCUCCACGUACCACAUCAAAGCCGUUCAUCUCAGUCACGGUCCAGAGCAGUACUGAGUCUGCCCAGGAUACCUACCUGGACAGCCAGGACCACAAGAGUGAGGUGACAAGCCAGUCGGGCCUGAGCAACUCGUCGGACAGCCUGGACAGCAGUACUCGACCGCCCAGUGUGACACGGGGUGGAGUCACCUCAGCUUCUGAGGCCCCAGAACCACCCCCAAAAUAUGCAGCUCUGAAGAGUGAACAAGGGACACUGACCAGCUCCGAAUCCCAUCCUGAGGCCAUCCCCAAAAGGAAACUGUCAUCUAUAGGAAUACAAGUUGACUGCAUUCAGCCAGUGCCAAAAGAGGAGCCCAGUCUCGCUACCAAAUUCCAGUCCAUCGGGGUUCAGGUAGAGGACGACUGGCGAAGCAGCGUCCCCUCUCACAGCAUGUCCUCCCGACGGGACACCGACUCAGAUACCCAGGAUGCCAAUGACUCGAGCUGUAAGUCAUCUGAGAGAAGCCUCCCAGACUGUACCCCACACCCCAACUCAAACUCCAUCAGCAUUGAUGCCGGCCCUCGGCAGGCCCCCAAGAUUGCCCAGAUCAAGCGCAACCUCUCCUAUGGAGACAACAGCGACCCUGCCCUAGAGGCAUCGUCACUGCCCCCACCCGACCCCUGGCUUGAGACCUCCUCCAGCUCCCCGGCAGAGCCAACACAGUCAGGGACCUGCCGCCGAGAUGGCUACUGGUUCUUGAAGCUGCUGCAGGCAGAAACAGAGCGGCUGGAAGGCUGGUGCUGUCAGAUGGACAAGGAGACCAAAGAGAACAACCUCUCUGAAGAAGUCUUAGGAAAAGUCCUCAGUGCUGUGGGCAGUGCCCAGCUACUGAUGUCCCAGAAAUUCCAGCAGUUCCGGGGCCUCUGUGAGCAAAACUUGAACCCUGACGCCAACCCACGUCCAACAGCCCAGGACCUGGCAGGGUUCUGGGACCUGCUACAGCUCUCCAUCGAGGACAUCAGCAUGAAGUUUGAUGAACUCUACCAUCUCAAGGCCAAUAGCUGGCAGCUGGUGGAGACGCCCGAGAAGAGGAAGGAAGAAAAGAAACCACCCCCUCCGGUCCCAAAGAAGCCAGCCAAAUCCAAGCCGGCAGUGAGCCGCGACAAGGCCUCUGACACCGGGGACAAGCAGCGUCAGGAGGCGCGCAAGAGACUCCUGGCCGCCAAGCGGGCAGCUUCUGUGAGGCAGAACUCGGCCACAGAGAGUGCGGACAGCAUCGAGAUCUACGUCCCUGAGGCCCAGACCCGGCUCUGAGACCAGGAAGCAGGAAGCCAACAAUUUUCAGUCAUUUUAAAAAAAAAAAAAAAACACACAAACUAAAUACGAAUGGAACAAAAUUUUCUCAACCUUUAGUAUGGUUAUUCUAUCUAGAGACCCUGAGCCAACUUUCAAAUUGAUGCAUACAAGGGCUCACAAUUUGGCUUUUUUGGGUCCCUCCCAGCUUUAGGUUAUGAAGACUUCACACACAAAAAAAGUCAACAAAAACACAAAACUAUAAAACUUUCUUUCCUCUUGCUGGCCGUGGUGGACUAGAUGGAGGGACUUCAGCAACGCCCGGCCCAGCCUGCAGGUUGCAGUCUUUUUACUUGUUCUGUCUAAUGAGAACUUAAACGAGCUUGUUUACAAGACGACAGUCCAAGGGCAGCCUUGGGCACCUGCCAUGUCCUUCCUUUCCCAGCUACCCUCACGCUGACCUCGAAGUUUUCAUUCUUACGUUUCUUUCCCUUCAGAGCUCACACAGGGGUCACCAUCCCGGCUGGUGGCUUUCUGGGUCUCAGCCCUCUUUGCAGGGGAGAGCCCAGAGGACAGAGAGAUGGACACAUGUUCCCUCCCCACCAAGUGCUCACACAAGUCACACAUGUGCACACACACAGAUGUAGGUUCCUCUCAGCAGAAGCAACCCCCACCCUGUGAUCUGCCAGCCCUCAAGCAGGUGAUGCAUCUCCCUGAAAAGAUGAGGAGGGUAUAAGUCUUUGGGAGGGAAAUGAGAUAAAAACUACAGUAUCACAUUCCAGACUCCUGCCUUUUUCUUCUCUCCAGCCCUUCUUCCAGCAAAAUGUAUGGCUCAGUGACUCACAGAGGACACUUGAGGGACCCCAUUUGUCUGUCCCUGGCUAAGCCUGUGUACAGUACCCGGGGGGGGGCAGGCGGCUGUGUCUGUAGUAUGUGUACAUAUGCACAUAGACCUCUUAGAGUGUAUAUUUAACAAACACCCAUCUGCUCACCCAUGCCCACCAGCGCCACCGCUGGCUCUUGGGGCACCUGGCAGGAGGCAGGUGUGUGAAUAGCAUAUAUUUUUACAUGUACUAUAUCUAGGUGUGUGUACAAGUGUGUGUAAAAAUAUAUACUUUGUGUGUAA